AUGGAUCAUCUACCCCGCCCGUAUGGAAAGGCCUGCACUCUUCCGAAAAUACCUUACUUCUGCUUCGAGGAGUAUGACCGUGGCGACUUCCUGUCUUAUCCAGAGCGCACCGGAUGGACCAUGGAUGAACUGCUCAGCUUCGAGUUGUGGACGGAACUGGACGAUGAGGACGAUGAUGAGGACAAAGACGAGGAUGGGGAUGAAGAUAAGCGCACUUUCGAGGAUGUCUUGGAUCUCUUGCAGACUUGGCUAUUCUUUGGCUCACUUCAUCUUAUUUUUCAGGAGCACAUCAAGUUUGAAGACUUCAUCAUGGAAGAUCCGGAUGAAGGAACUUGCAUACAUACCAAAAAUCUCCUUAAAAUAGCAGAAGAGUACAAGAAGUCCGGAUACAAAGGAGGCAAAAACCCAGAGAAACUCCAAGACAUUUUGUCUUGUCUGGCCACGGCAUACAAGGUCUAUAACGUCGCUGUUCUUGCUAGUACCCUGGAUCCGUAUUUCUUACUCUCGAUCGGUUUCCUCCUCGACUUUCUCGCCUCAUACUCCCGGAUUCUCUACGCAGGAGACGACACGCUCACGCAAUUGGACGAUGACACGAAAGUGUUAUCCUUUAAAACCCCUUUAGUCCCUGCAGAGGAUGAGACGGAAGGAUUUGCCAACGAGGACGGUGAAGUACCGUUCUUGGUAUCAGAGAUGAUUCUGGCAGGCUGGUGCCCGCAUCUCGUCAAUUCGCUUCACGAAAAGACCUCCAACAAGACCAUGUAUCUCGCCAGUCUACUCGACCCACCGGAUCCGACCAAGAACCAUACCACUUGCACACGGGCCAAGUGCCUUGCGUAUCAAAUGAACAAAGGAACUUACGUUCACAAACACGUGCGAGAGGGUUGCACUUGCGAGGAGCUCACCAUCGAUUCAGACCAGCUUUGCCGCAUUCUUCAGGACGGUUCUUUUCCGGUAGUGAAGCCAAUGGAUCCGAGGAGAAGCUCUACUAGUCUGGAGCUUGAGGCCUAUUCCUCAAACACCGAGUAUGUUGCCAUCUCACAUGUGUGGUCCGAUGGCAUGGGGAAUCCCAAAAGAAAUGCGGUGGCAAAAUGCCAAAUGGAAAGGAUCUUCAACUCGAUCAAGGAACUUCCCGGGUGCACCAGUCAAACCCCUAUUUGGCUUGACACGCUCUGUUGCCCGGUGGCACCAAAAGACGUCAAACGCCUGGCAAUUGCCAGAAUGCGAGACACAUACGACCUGGCCGCUUCAGUCCUGGUGCUAGACAAGCAGCUACAAGGGCUUCCGCAUUCACAGCUGAGUCCUGUUGAGCAGGUUGUCAGGAUCUGGUGUUCUGGCUGGACCGGUCGGUUGUGGACAUGGCAGGAGGGUUUUCUGGCAGACCGCUUGUAUUUCCAGUUCAACGACGGGAUCUUCGACGUCAACACGCUCCAGACGCAUUACCUGACGGGAACUCGCUACGACCUCUAUUCCACGCGCGAUUCUGCAAUGCUCAUGACCAUGAUCCGGGGAAGCCUCUCGAAGACGCCUGAAAAAGAUCCGACUCGACUGCGGCUAGACGGCGUUGUGGAUGGACUGCAGGGGCGAAGCACGAGUGUGCCUGAUGACGAAGGCCUCUGUCUCGGUGCUCUCAUGGGCUGCGAUGUGCUGAAAAUUCUUGAUGCGAAGCCGUUGCCACUCAUGGUGAUGCAAGGUGUGGGAGAUCUUUGGAAAGAUCUCCUGAAGCUUGAGAUUUCUUCCGGGGAAGACGUCAAGUACCGUGGGCGAAACCUUGUGUACCAUGGAGAAUAUAAGGAGAUCGAAGGCCAAGAUCUUCCAGAACAGCAGCAGUGGGUCAUUGACUGA